AUGCCUCCGGACGUCGAAUCAAGCGGCACCGCGCCGUUCGCCGCCGCCUAUCCCGGAACGGCGCGCGCGAAUCGCGCGCGUCACGGCCCACUCGUUUUGAUUCUUCUAACCACCGUUCUGGGUGGUUUCUUCCUUCACGUCGUCGUGCGCCCGUUCACGGACGCUCGCGCGCACGCGCGCGCGCUGCAAACCGCGUCGUUCGUCUCCGCGGACGCGCUGGCGGCGCGAGACGCGCUGGGGGUUUUUGAAGCGGUGUUGAGCGGCGUGCUUCACGACAUCGACGGCGGCGUCGUGCGCGACGAAGCGCUCCUGGGAUUUCCAGUCGCCAAACGCGAGUCUUCGCGAGGCGCGUUCACGCUCGUCACCAACGUCGCAUCGCACUGAGGAUACAAGCAAUCCAACGUCGAGGGCUUUCGCGCGCUUCGCGAAGAAUUCGGCGACGGGUUGCGCAUAUUGGGAUUUCCGAGCGACGACUUCGGACAUCAGCAAGGAACGAAUGAGGAAAUCAAACGCGAUUUCGCGGACGUCAUGGAUGUGUUAUUCGAACCCGCGCUGGAUUUGGCGCACAAUCCGAUGUUCGCGCAGCUCACCGCGGGCGGCGCGCCGGCGGAGUGGAAUUUUGCGAAAUUUUUAGUAGACGAUCGCGGGCGCGUGGUUCGUCGGUAUCCGCCGAAGAUGGACGCCCAGGCGAUCGCGCGAGACAUUCGAGAUGAACUUUAG